GAUUGAUGCUGAGAAUGCAGCUUUAUGGAGGAAAACACUUCCUUGGCUACGAACCCGUGUACCAGCUUAGCUCGGUGGAUGUGCUGACGGAGAGCGGACUCUUCCAGCACGGUGAAGUGAUCGAUGUGGCAGAGAACGGUCUGAUUGUGGAUUUCCACUGCAGCGAACAGCGAGCGCAGUUCGUCAGCUACGACAACAUCUUCGACGCUUCCGUUGCCCAUUGCACCAGUGAGUAUUCCAGUUGGCGUGACGAACUGCACAGCAGUCCCGCGGUGAGGGAGAAUGCCAGCGUGCAAGCGCUGUGUCGCGCGCAUCCAGGUGCGCCGUGGCUGUGGUAUCCUGGUCGACUGCGGAGUACGGUCCUUAAUCCCCUCCAAAGCGGGCUGAUGGUGGUCGAGAUCCAAAUAAAUGGCCGAUUAGUAAUGGAGGUGCUACCCCCCUGCCAGGUGCGCUUUCCGCCGAACCAGAAGGAUCUGUCCCGACGCGCGCUGCAUCCCAACCAUUUUGUUGCCCGGGAGUGUCGUGUACCGGAGAAUUAUGGGUCCACCGUAACGCCCGCGAUCGAUGCUGGUUUCCGACACAGCUUUAGUGAGGCACAACGUGCGCAUAUUGUCCCUGUUCUCGAUCGAAACUGCGAGAAGCUGAAAUAUGUGCAGCGAAGUGAUGGACGGCCACUUACGGAAGACGAAGUG